GAGAAGGUUGACGUGGCAAGGCCCUAUUGGGUAGCACACGUAGCACUCUCUCGCAGCGAAAGGGGUUUUUCCUUUUCUGCGUCACAAGAAAAUGGUAUUGCCUCUGAUUCAGAAAUACAGAUAAAGAAUUUUCUCGAGAAAACGAAGGAAAAUGAGCGCAUCAAGAUCACAACUUUUUAUAGUUAUAUCGAUUCUGUUAUUCUUAUCUAAUAUCUGCUACGCAUUGUACGGACCAUCAUCUCCUGUGGUCCAGCUAAAUCCCUCCAACUUCAAGUCCAAGGUAUUGAACGCAAAUGGAGUAGUACUGGUUGAGUUCUUCGCCCCUUGGUGCGGUCAUUGUAAAGCUCUCACACCUACGUGGGAGAAGGCAGCUACUGUCUUGAAAGGUGUUGCUACUGUGGCAGCUCUUGAUGCUGAUGCUCACCAAUCGCUUGCUCAGGAGUAUGGGAUUAGAGGUUUUCCUACCAUAAAGGUCUUUGCACCUGGGAAGCCUCCAGUGGAUUAUCAAGGCGCUAGGGAUGUCAAACCUAUUGCUGAGUUUGCACUCCAGCAGAUAAAGGCACUUCUGAAGGAGCGCCUGAAUGGAAAAUCAACUGGAGGAUCUAAAGAGAAAUCUGAACCUAGUGCAUCUGUAGAAUUGAAUUCCAGCAAUUUUGAUGAUUUGGUGCUUAGAAGUAAAGAACUUUGGAUUGUUGAGUUCUUUGCACCUUGGUGCGGGCACUGUAAAAAACUGGCUCCUGAGUGGAAGAAGGCUUCUAAUAACUUGAAUGGGAAAGUGAAGAUGGGUCAUGUUGACUGUGAUUCUGAGAAGUCUUUGAUGAGCAGGUUCAAUGUGCAAGGAUUUCCCACCAUCUUGGUGUUUGGUGCUGACAAAGAUACUCCAAUUCCUUAUGAAGGUGCCAGAACUGCCUCCGCAAUUGAAUCAUUUGCUUUGGAGCAGCUGGAAACUAAUGUUGCACCCCCUGAAGUGACUGAGCUGACCAGCCCAGACAUAAUGGAAGAGAAGUGCGGUCCAGCUGCCAUUUGCUUUGCUGCUUUCUUACCUGACAUUUUGGACACCAAGGCAGAAGGAAGGAACAAGUACCUUGAGCAGUUAUUAUCAGUUGCUGAGGAGUUUAAAAGGAGUCCUUACAGCUAUGUCUGGGCAGCUGCAGGUAAGCAGCCAGAUCUUGAGAAGCGUGUAGGCGUUGGCGGAUAUGGGUAUCCUGCUUUGGUAGCCUUGAAUCUGAAGAAAGGAGUCUAUGCCCCACUUAAAAGUGCAUUUGAGCUUGAACAUAUAAAAGAAUUUGUGAAGGAAGCUGGGUAUGGCGGAAAAGGAAAUAUGGCUCUGGAUGGUAGACCAGAAAUAGUAAAGACUGAGCCAUGGGAUGGAAAAGAUGGCGAGAUCAUUGAAGAGGACGAGUUCUCUCUGGAAGAACUAAUGGGUGAAGACGUUGGAAGCAAAGAUGAACUAUAACACAAGACAUCAUUUUGUUGAGGAAGAGAAUUAGUUAAAGUCCAGGCUCUAAAUGAUUUUGAUGUUAUAAAACAAGGCGUGAGUGUUUUACUAAUGUUAAUUGCACUGUAUUUAGCUGACUUUUUUUGCCAUAGUGAAACGGAUAUCUUGCAAGGAUGCUACUA